CAACAUAUACCAUCAGUUUACAACGCUUUGAAACCCAUUGCUAGUAUUUACGCAAAUGCGGCCGGUCAUAGGAAGAUGGGUUUGAGGUAUGACGAUUUGAUCAUUGAAGAGAGAGAGGAUGUACAGAAGGCUAUUAACCGUCUACCCACUCGAGAAUCCUACGACCGUGUUUUCCGUAUGCGUCGAGGUAUCCUCCAGAGUGCCGCUCACAAACAUCUCUCGAAAGAGGAAUGGGUCAAACCUGAGGAGGACGUUCGUUACCUCGCACCUAUCGUCGAACAGGUAGCUAAAGAAGAUGCUGAAAGAGCCAUGUGGGAUUCUAUGGCUGUCGAACGGAAGAAAUAG